CCCCGGCUGGACCUGCACCGAGACAGCCCGGCACUGGCGGAUAACGGGCAGGUUCCCCGGAGGAAGCGGGGGGGGGGGGCGGUUCCCGCAGCUCCCCGGAGCCUGGGAUCCCUCACAGCAGGCAGAGCAGGGCUGCACGCCCUCCCUCCGCCGCCCAGUUGGCACCACCUUCCUACCCGCGGCCCCUUCCGGCAGGCAGGGAGAGCGCGCCCCGCCCAGCCCCGGGCGCCCCCCCGGCCCCCGCAAUCACCGUACAAAGGACGGGCGGGGGGCGGGGGGCGGGGUGGGGGCGGGCGGCCCCGAACUGGCUGCGGCUUCUGAGGCCGGGCCAAUAGGGAGCCGGGCCCCGCGCGGGGGGGGGGGGGCUCUGGGGCUCCGCGGUCCGCCGCGGCCCGGCGCGAGCUCCAGAUUUCCGAGGGGGCGGACGCGGGGCGGCCAGGGCCCGGUGGCUCCGCGCGGCAGCGCGCUCCCUCCCCUUCGGACCCCGGGCCCGUUCCGCUCGCCAUGCCCGCCUGGGGCCCCGCCCUCGCCCUGCUUGCCCUGAGCCUGCUCUGCGCCCUGGCCCGGUGGCGGGGGCGAUCCCCUGACGGGGCCGGCCGGGAGCCGGCGCCCGGGAGAGGGGAGCGCCCCAAGGCGCAGGUGGCGGAGGAGGACGAGGACGAGGAGGCAGGCGAAGAGGAAGAGAAUGCGCAGCAAGAGGGGGAAAGGGCCGCCUUCUGGGGCGGCUUCAGUAAGGGCCAGGAGCUGGUGGCCGGGGGCUGCCGCCUCAUCUUCAAGCGCUCGGCCCUGGCCCACCUGCUGCUGCGCACCUUCCGCAGGUCCGGGGCCCUGAGCCAGCCCGCGCGCGGCUCGUGGCUGGCCGGGCCCCACCUGCAGACCCUGUUCCAUUUCAUGCUCCCGCCGGGCCGGGGGCUCCGGCUGGCCCGCGAGAACCUCCAGCUGGCGGACAACGGGCUGGUGGCCCUGGACUGGGUGGUGGGGCCUUGGGCCCCCAACCCCCGGGUGCUGACGCAGGCCCACAGCUCCCCGCCGGUCCUGCUGGUCAUCCCCAACUCCUGGGGGCUCCUCACGCGCAACGUGGAGCGGCUUUGCCUCCUGGCCCUGGAGAAGGGCUACUACCCGGUCAUCUUCCACCGCAGGGGCCACCAGGGCUGCCCGCUGCUCAACGCCCGGCUGCAGACGUUCGGGGACCCCUCGGAUCUCAAGGAGGCCGUCACCUACAUCCGCUUCCGACAGCCCGCGGCGCCCCUCUUCCUGGUCAGCGAAGGCUCGGGCUCGGCCUUGCUGCUGUCCUACCUGGGGGAGUGCGGCUCCUCCAGCUACGCCACGGGGGCAGCCUGCAUUUCGCCCGUGCUCCGCUGCCGGCGGUGGUUUGAGGACGGGCUUCCCUGGCUCUACGAAAGGGCCUUCCUGCUGCACCAGAAAAUCACUCUCAGCAGAUACGCUACAGCCCUAGAUGACAUAGUGGACACGGACAAACUCUUUAUGAGCCGCUCUCUGCGGGAAUUUGAGGAGGCCCUUUUCUGCCGGACCAAGAACCUCCCCAUCAGUUGGGACGCCUACUGGGACGACAACGACCCGCUCCGGGAUGUGGAUGAGGCUGCGGUGCCCGUGCUGUGCAUUUGCAGUGCCGAUGAUCCCAUUCGGGGCCCUCCGGGCCAAACCCUGCCCACCAAACUCUUCCAGAACAACCCCUACUUCUUUCUCCUGCUCAGCCGCCAUGGAGGCCACUGUGGCUUCCUCAGGGAGGACUCUUCCCCGGCCUGGAGCCACGAGGCUACCCUGGAGUAUUUCCAGGCUCUGAUUGAAUUCUUCCAAUCAGAAGAGAGGGUGAAGGGGCUUUCCCGCCACCGCUCCUCUUUCUUGGCAGGCCGGCGCCGCCGAUUUACUCUGCACAAGCGAGAGACGGCACCGGCCUCCCCUCGACUUGAGGAGAUGUUCAGCUGGAAGCGCUCGUAUACCAAGUGAAGUGCAGGGACCCCCUCCCCCCCUUGCCCCUGACCCCAAUGCCUUGUGUGGGGAAAGGAAGCUGGCUGCUUCCAUCCAUCAGCCCAGGUCCCAAAUGGAAGACACCACCUUUGGAGGGGAUAACCCUUCCUCUUUGAGUGAUCUUGUCUCUUAGUGGGGGUGAUGGUCUGUGGGGGCUUGUUCCUCGAAACGGAAGGGGUCAUUCCAAUUUAUCCUGCCCUAAACAUCCCGUUCUGGCUUGCCUUCUGUUCCCAUCAUCAUGGAUUCCAAAGCCAGAGCAGGGGGUGCACUGAUCAGAUAGGAAAGUGAUAGGAAAAGUGGGCGGCAAAAAGCCGUUUUCCCAGAAGUAGCAGUGAGCAGCACAUGUAUGUUGGGAGUCACAUGCAGAGUCCUAUUUUUGAGGCUGCGAUUCAGCCCUUUAGCCACUUGGUAGAAGAACUACAAGGCCUUGAAUGCAAACAUCCCGUGUUUAUUAAAUCCCACCCCUUUCCUUCGGCCUGGAAAGCUCUGUUCCGAAUACAGGAGUUGUUUCAGGUUGAUGUAAGGGAUAAACUCCUCAUUUGUAUUAGAGAAAACUGGCGUCCCCCCAAAUGGAGACAGGACCUAUACGUAGUCAUUCAUUCUGGUCUGGACAGCAGCUCCCCUGAGCCUUGAACCUGAGGGAUAGGAGAUGUGAGGGUUAUAGGCAAGAAUCUUUUUCUAGGUCUCCUCAGAUCCCCACUUUCUGACUUUUUCUUGUCACUCCCUUCCUGACAAGGAAGAGAACGGAGGGUAAGGAAAAUGGUUAAACAAUGGGAUAAAAAUCCCCAUUUGAGCUUGGGCUGGAUCGGUACCAUUAACCAAAAGGCUGGAGGGCCGGGGCCUGUUCUGAGAAGGUCCUUGGGAUGGUGCCAGGAUCCUCGGGAUCAAGGACUGCCGGCACAGCUGGGACUUCUUUAAGUGACCCAGCGUCUCCAAUUUCCUGCUAGGUUUUCAAGAACCUUUUCCUGUCUCGGGGCAUGAUUGCUCUAUUCCAAGAAAGCUGGAUCCUAAGCUCCCAUUUCUCUCUUGUGGGCUCAGUUUAAAGACUCAUUAUCUUACAUAAAGAUGGAAAGACAAACUCAAAAGUCUCUUUUCUCUCCAGGGUUUUCUGGACCACCAGCCUAUUUCUUCAAAUGGACACUAGAGACUUUCCUCCAUUCCAGGGUCAGGAGAAAGGGGAAAGUUAUUACACGUACUGUGAAUGGAAAAGCUGGAAACACUGAGGGGUUUUGCUGCCUACCCAGUGUCCUAUUAAAACUCAGUUUUAUCACCUUUUUUUUUCUUUCCUGUCCCAGUUAUUUGAAAGUCCAUUUGCACUGAAUUUAGGACUCCUUGAAGGCAUCCCCGCUUCCUCCAGUUUACAAUCAUCAUCAGGGAUGAACAAAGCAUUGAAGGGAUGCUUUGUCCUAUGAGGUAAGCAGAAAGAAACGAACUGCAGAUGGGAGGCCAUCCUUGUCUGCGACGGCCCACAAGAUACACUGCAUUUCACUAAGACACAAGGUCUCGUGAGUCAUGAUUUUCUUUGAACCUGCCUGUGUACUCCCUCAUGCCGAGCUGGAGAGCAUUUGCUCAGAUGUGACCAAACCACAUCCUGGUCUAAAAAGCAACAAAGGAGCUUUGAAAAGGGAAACACAUUUGCCCAAAGUCACGCAAGAGGAAAGGCCCGCCUCUGAUAUUCCUAGAGGCAGAACCUCAGCUCUGCAGAUUAGAUCACUGCUGUUCUUUGGAGGGAAGGUCUAAUGGAUCCGGUAAUCUGCCUAGGCCGGAGAAACACCUCCAGGCUGCAGAUACGGACAGAGCUGAAUCAUUCAGGAGGAAUUUUGUUUGGGAGUUAUAGGCCUUUGCUCCUUCUCUUCCUCUCCUCCUCCCCUCUGUUCUGUUACCUUCUAACCUUCAGCCAGUAACAGGAAAGGUCAGGAAAAGCAGCUUCAAUAUAAAUCAAACAGUUCUGGGGCACACAUGUCACUCUGACAAAAGGCUGGGCGAGAAGGUAGGCGGUCUUGGCCCUGACGUAGCUCACACAGUGCCCAUGGCAGGUGCUCAAACACUUCAGUGAAUGAAUGAAUCAGCAUUUCCUUUAUCAAGACUUUUUUUUUUUUCCCUCCUUGGCAACCAGUAAUUGAAAGCUGGUGCAAAGUCAGAAAUAGCCUGGUGGCUUUAGCAAGCAAGAAAAGCUCAUGCCGAUUAUGUGCCCCAUCUCCAAAGGCACAGUGAUGUAGUAACUCACUUAGGUCUUCCAAUCAUCAUCGUCAUUGGUGAUUUUUUUUUUUUUUUGGAAGAGAAGAAGGAAGAAAAGAAGGAAGAGAAGGAA